AUGGGAGGUAUCAGCCUAGAGGAGAUCAAAAACGAGAACGUUGAUCUGGAACGAAUUCCAGUAGAGGAAGUGUUCGAGCAACUGAAAUGUUCAAGAGCAGGUUUAACCUCAGACGAAGGAGCCAACAGGCUUCAAGUGUUUGGUCCAAACAAAUUGGAAGAGAAAAGGGAAAGCAAGUUUUUGAAGUUCUUAGGAUUUAUGUGGAAUCCAUUAUCAUGGGUUAUGGAAGCUGCUGCUAUUAUGGCCAUUGCUUUGGCUAAUGGCAGUGGAAGACCUCCUGAUUGGCAGGAUUUUGUUGGUAUCAUUUCUCUUUUGGUUAUUAACUCAACUAUCAGUUUCAUUGAAGAGAAUAAUGCUGGUAAUGCUGCUGCUGCUCUCAUGGCUGGUUUAGCCCCCAAAACAAGGGUUCUCAGAGAUGGUAGGUGGUCUGAAGAAGAUGCUGCAAUUUUGGUCCCAGGUGAUAUCAUCAGCAUUAAAUUAGGAGAUAUCAUUCCUGCUGAUGCUCGUCUGCUUGAGGGUGAUGCUUUGAGUGUUGAUCAGUCUGCUUUAACUGGAGAAUCUCUCCCGGCAACAAAGAAUCCCUCAGAUGAAGUGUUUUCUGGUUCAACUGUUAAGAAAGGUGAGAUUGAAGCAGUUGUAAUUGCUACUGGAGUGCACACAUUUUUUGGUAAAGCUGCUCAUUUGGUUGACAGCACCAAUCAAGUUGGUCACUUUCAGAAAGUCCUAACAGCAAUUGGUAAUUUCUGCAUUUGCUCAAUUGCUGUUGGAAUACUGAUUGAACUCGUUGUCAUGUAUCCGAUACAACACCGCAAGUAUAGAGACGGAAUUGACAAUCUUUUGGUUCUAUUGAUUGGAGGAAUUCCAAUUGCUAUGCCAACUGUUUUGUCUGUUACUAUGGCUAUUGGUUCUCACAGACUCUCUCAACAAGGUGCAAUUACAAAGAGAAUGACAGCUAUUGAGGAAAUGGCAGGGAUGGAUGUUCUCUGUAGUGACAAAACCGGAACUCUGACUUUAAAUAAGUUAUCUGUUGACAAAAACUUGAUUGAGGUUUUUGCUAAGGGUGUAGAGAAGGAUUAUGUCAUCCUUCUUGCUGCAAGGGCUUCUAGGACUGAGAAUCAAGAUGCCAUAGAUGCUGCAAUUGUUGGCAUGCUUGCUGAUCCAAAGGAGGCACGAGCUGGUGUCAGGGAGGUUCAUUUUUUCCCAUUCAAUCCUGUAGACAAGAGAACUGCUUUAACUUACAUUGAUGCUGAUGGAAAUUGGCAUAGAUCAAGCAAAGGUGCUCCUGAGCAGAUAUUGAACCUCUGCAACUGCAAAGAGGAUGUCAGGAAAAAAGCUCAUUCGACAAUUGACAAGUUCGCCGAGCGUGGACUCCGUUCUCUGGGUGUUGCUAGACAGGAAAUACCUGAGAAAGAUAAAGAUAGCCCUGGUGCACCAUGGCAAUUUGUUGGUCUGUUACCUCUAUUUGAUCCUCCUAGGCAUGAUAGUGCUGAAACCAUCACAAGAGCUCUGAACCUUGGUGUGAAUGUUAAGAUGAUUACUGGUGAUCAGCUUGCCAUUGCCAAGGAAACUGGCCGAAGGCUUGGAAUGGGAACGAACAUGUAUCCAUCUUCUUCAUUGCUCGGUCAAAGCAAGGAUGCUGCUGUUUCAGCUCUUCCAGUUGAUGAGUUGAUUGAGAAGGCUGAUGGAUUUGCUGGAGUGUUUCCUGAACACAAAUAUGAAAUCGUAAAGAAGCUGCAAGAGAGGAAACAUAUAUGUGGAAUGACAGGUGAUGGUGUCAACGACGCUCCUGCCUUAAAGAGAGCAGAUAUUGGAAUUGCUGUUGCUGAUGCUACAGAUGCUGCUAGAGGUGCUUCUGAUAUUGUCCUUACUGAGCCCGGUCUGAGUGUCAUUAUUAGUGCAGUGCUCACAAGCAGGGCAAUUUUCCAAAGGAUGAAGAACUAUACUAUCUAUGCUGUGUCAAUUACCAUCCGUAUUGUGUUUGGUUUCAUGUUCAUUGCCUUGAUCUGGAAGUUUGAUUUUGCACCCUUCAUGGUGUUAAUUAUCGCCAUACUAAAUGAUGGUACCAUUAUGACAAUAUCCAAGGAUAGAGUAAAACCAUCUCCAAUGCCAGACAGUUGGAAACUGAGAGAGAUAUUUGCUACUGGUGUUGUGCUAGGUAGCUACAUGGCACUAAUGACAGUGGUGUUUUUCUGGCUCAUGAAGGAUACCGAUUUCUUCUCGGACAAGUUUGGUGUGAGAUCAAUCAGAAACAACCCUGAUGAAAUGAUGGCAGCCCUCUACCUACAAGUCAGUAUUAUAAGUCAGGCACUAAUUUUUGUCACCAGGUCCCGUAGCUGGUCCGUUGUUGAAAGACCUGGUCUUCUCCUAUUGGGUGCUUUUAUGAUUGCUCAGCUGUUGGCAACUUUUAUAGCAGUAUAUGCUAAUUGGAGCUUUGCAAGAAUUAAGGGAAUGGGAUGGGGUUGGGCUGGUGUAAUCUGGAUGUACAGUAUAGUGACAUAUAUCCCCCUUGAUAUACUCAAAUUCGUAAUCCGCUAUGUUCUAAGUGGCAAAGCUUGGGAUAAUCUUCUGGAGAACAAGACUGCCUUCACAACAAAGAAAGACUAUGGCAAAGAAGAGAGAGAAGCUCAGUGGGCAACUGCUCAGAGGACUCUUCAUGGUCUUCAGUCACCUGACACAACCAACCUUUUCAAUGACAAGAAUAGCUACAGGGAGCUUUCUGAGAUUGCUGAGCAAGCCAAGAGACGCGCUGAAGUUGCACGGCUUAGGGAGCUUCACACACUAAAGGGUCACGUUGAAUCAGUCGUGAAGCUUAAGGGACUUGAUAUCGACACUAUGCAACAACAUUAUACUGUUUAAGAAGCUUGGACAACCUUCAAGAAGAACAGGGUUACGUAUGUGCUUUUCCAAGAAGCAAAAACAACAAAUGCAGUGGUGAAGACUUAAGUUAAUCAUGUGUUUUUAGAUUAGGAUGAAGGGUCCUUUUGUGAAAAAUUGAGUGGUUACUCCUCAAUGCCACUAGCUAGAGGAGAUACUAUUCUCUUAGGUACCAAAUAACAUGGUUGAUAGGAUUUACUUGCGUCUUAUUUUUGGUAAUGUUAGUGACUUUAAUGUCACGUAAAAACUCUAUUUUUUUAGCUGAACAAAAGUCAAUAUUUCGACCUUGACUACUAAUGUCGUUCAAUAAUGAAUGCAUGCAAUCUUUAGGUUUCUUUUUCUGA